ACCGCGGCGUGGAGCUGUGCUUGUGGUCGGUCCUUCCACGCGUGAUUCAGCAGAUCUGCCGCCCACUUGGCCCACUCUCCCAGGCCCUCACUGCUUCCGUGUCUCCCCUUUGCUCUCACUCACUGUCUUCUCCCUUUCAGCAGGCUCCCACCCUCCGCUCCUUGCCUUUGGCCAGUUUCGUAGGGAAUCCUGGGGAGCCCUGUCCAGGCUGCCUCGAUCACUGCCUGGAUCACGACCUGCCUUUAGCCAACUGUUCUUUUGCUUUUAGUUAUGAGAUAUGCCUGGAUUCCAUUCCUGGCUUUCUUUUCCAGCUGUGCCAGCUUAAACAAGUAAAUCUACUUCUCUGCGCCCCACUUCCCUCAGCUGUUAAAUAAGAGUGACAGAGCCCUCUUCAGCUUGUUGCAAGAAGUUCAAGGUUGUUAGAAGGACAAGAAGAUGCCACCCAAGCGUAUAGCUAAGAGAAGGUCUCCCCCAGAAGAUGCCCUCCCCAAAAGCAAGAAGGUGAAGGACCCUCGUAACCAGGCAGUGAGGGCCGUUGCCUCCCGCCGUGUUCCAGGCGCCCGCUCCUGCCAAGUCUCCCAUAGGUCCCACGGCACAGAACCAGGUAUGGUGCUGACGCUGGGCCAGGGCGACGUGGGCCAGCUGGGGCUGGGCGAGAAUGUGAUGGAGAGGAAGAAGCCAGCCCUAGUGUCCAUUCCAGAAGACAUCGUGCAGGCUGAGGCUGGGGGCAUGCACACUGUGUGCCUAAGCAAAAGUGGCCAGGUCUACUCCUUCGGCUGCAAUGACGAGGGUGCUCUGGGAAGGGAUACGUCAGUGGAGGGCUCAGAGAUGGUCCCUGGGAAAGUGGACCUGCAAGAGAAGGUGGUACAGGUGUCAGCAGGAGACAGUCACACAGCAGCCCUCACCGAGGAUGGCCGUGUCUUCCUCUGGGGCUCCUUCCGGGACAAUAACGGUGUGAUCGGGCUCUUGGAGCCCAUGAAAAAGAGCAUGGUGCCUGUGCAGGUUCAGCUGAGUGUGCCCGUGGUGAAGGUGGCCUCAGGAAACGACCACUUGGUGAUGCUGACAGUUGAUGGCGACCUCUAUACUUUGGGCUCCGGGGAGCAGGGCCAGCUGGGCCGCGUACCUGAAUUAUUUGCCAAUCGUGGUGGCCGUCAGGGCCUUGAACGACUCCUGGUUCCCAAGUGUGUGAUGCUGAAAUCCAGGGGAAGCCGGGGCCAUGUCAGAUUCCAGGAUGCCUUCUGCGGUGCCUACUUCACCUUCGCCAUCUCCUCUGAGGGCCACGUAUAUGGCUUCGGCCUCUCCAACUACCAUCAACUUGGAACCCAAGGCACAGAAUCUUGUUUUAUACCUCAGAACCUAACAUCCUUCAAGAACUCCACCAAGUCCUGGGUGGGCUUCUCUGGGGGCCAGCACCAUACAGUCUGCAUGGAUUCAGAAGGAAAAGCAUACAGCCUGGGCCGGGCUGAGUAUGGGCGGCUGGGCCUUGGGGAAGGUGCUGAGGAGAAGAGCGUACCCACCCUCAUCUCCAGGCUGCCCACGGUCUCCUCAGUGGCUUGUGGAGCCUCUGUGGGGUAUGCUGUGACCAAGGAUGGUCGUGUUUUUGCCUGGGGCAUGGGCACCAACUACCAGCUGGGCACGGGACAGGAUGAAGAUGCCUGGAGCCCCGUGGAGAUGACAGGCAAACAGCUGGAGAACCGUGUGGUCUUAACUGUGUCCAGCGGGGGCCAGCACACAGUCUUACUAGUCAAGGACAAGGAACAGAGCUGGUGAAGCCUCUGAGGGCCUGGUUCCUGGCCACCCUCCAACUUCCCUCUUGGAACAGGGAAGCCGUGACGACUGUGUGCUCCAGCAGGCCUCUCCCAGCCCCAAGUACUCUGUCACCUCCUGCCUUUUCCUCAUCAGAACAGAACCCUUCUCCCCUU